AUGUCCAAUGCGUCCGGGCCCAUAGACAACCCCAUUAUUAUCAAUGCCGUGCCUGAGUAUGGCGGGACCCUCAUCGGCGCGAUUGUUUCCGCAGCAUUAUGGGGUAUCUCCUGCAUGCAAAUGCUAAUUCAUGUAUUUUCUGAACUACGACUCCGAUCAUUGGUCGCUCAAGCUCUUGGUACGAGCCAUUUCUCUGUCCCACGCCGCUAUCCUAAAGCAUCGUACAAGGUCGUUUACGUAUGGGUAGCUGAUACCUUGGUGGAGGCUCUCGGAUUUGCUGGCAUAUUCGACCAGCUAAUCAUUCGCUGGGGUUCCAUCAUCGCAUUUGACACCAUCAUGCGAACUUUAGUGGAUUCAUCAAUUCUCCCAGAGUCGGGGGUGGAUUAUGCGUGCCACUAUGAUAUUUAUGAAGCAAGUAGUACAUGCUCAACGGCUAUGCGUAAGGCUAUGUUGUCCCUUUCGCAGCUGCAUGCGUCCAGCUCUGAUUACUGGAGUGUGGACUGUAUGGAUUCUCCUUACGUCAAUGGGCUGUGUAGAGAUUCACGACAAGGUGCUGCAGCGACUCUGGCGUCACAAAGAAUAGUUACCGUCGAAAUUAUAAGUCGGGCUAUCCCCGCCUUUGUCGACAUCUUCAUCGCUCUGUGGAUGACAUUUUUACUCUGGCGCAGUAAAGAGCGCGCGCGAGUCUUCAGGAGAUCGAAUCGGCUCAUACUGCGCUUAAUGCUAUUGACAAUCAAUGCUGGUAUCUGGACAGCCGUUCUUUCAAUCAUCGACCUAAGCUUGAUUGCGUGGAACCCCGGUAAACUUAUAUUCGACGCCUUCGAAUUUCCGCUUGCCUCCCUUUACCUUAACAUGCUCCUUGCCAGCCUGAAUGCAAGGCGAUUCCUCAGGCGGAGCGGAGGGAGUGUCGGAGAAGUAAGGCUUACGGCUCUUGAGCUGGACGCGAGAUCACGUCAAUCUACGGGCCUCUCUUUCCCUCUGACGAGCGACAGCGCUGCGCUUGGCAGAUGCGAGGAUUCUGCUCUUGCUAUCCGCAUAGACAAAUCUAUGACUACACACAGUGACAGUGAUCUAGAACGUAAUGCCAAAAAUUAG